GAAACUCGUCAAUCCGUUGUUGCAAUGGAACUGCAUCCCUACACACGCAACCGUGUAGGAAACCAAGUUCACGAAACUCUGCGUACCCUCUGCCAUGUACCUACGCGUUGGCGUUGACUAUUGUUAUUGCAAGGCAGAAAAUAGAACGUGAAAUAAAAUUACCAUUUGUGUACUUCCAGCAUACUCAAAGGGACUAUGAGGAAAUAGCCGCUAAUUAAGACGAGAAAGCAGCAAAUAAAUUUUACUCAACUACUUGGGAUAGUGAUGUCAACGUAGUUGAUCACUGACGCUCAGUUUGACUGGGGCAAACAUAACCUCGAUAGUAAUUGAACAUAAACGUUCUUUGGAGCAUAUUACACUUCACACAAGACACAGAAAUCUGUUACACAAUGGCUGCCCGAUUAUUGAAAGAUCCGGCAACCAUCAACAGCCGAAUAUUUGUAGGUCAUCUGCAGACAGAAGACAUGAAUAAACAUGAAUUGGAGGAGCAUUUUCAGAAGUAUGGCACUGUUGUUGGUUCCUUAAUUAACCGAGGGUUUGGCUUCGUGCAGUUUGAAGAUGAACAGUCAGCACUCAAAGCAAUACAGAAUGAAAAUGGAAACAUGUUUAAAGGCAGACGAAUAGAUGUCCGACCUGCUAAAAAGGAUGGCCAGACCGCGAGUAGUGGUAUUACCACAGGAGGGGGAGGACCUGGCAAUGUAGGGGUUGUUGGAACAUCCAGUGGCGGAGGGGGAUCUGAUAUCCAGGGUAACUUUCCACCACUGCAACCAGGAGGCAACAAUUCUUUUGGAAAUAACCAAUUCGGAAGCCCCAACGAUUCGUUUGUAAGUGGAAAUCAAGGCUUCAAUAGUGGGCAGAAUCAGAAUUUUGCUAAUGAUCAAUUUGGAGGGGGUAAUCUAAGCCGAAACAACACCAAUGAACAGUUUCCAGGAUCUAAUCAAAAUUCCUUUGGUGUAAACCCCUCUCGGGGGCCUGGAAACGACCAGUUUGGGGGGAACCAAACAGGAAACCAAGUUCGGGGGGCCGUAAAUGAUCAAUUUGGCAACAUGAAUCAAAAUCGUGGGCCAGUCAACCAAAAUCGUGCAGGUAGUGGUGACCAAUUUGCGGCUGAGAACCAAAAUCGGAGCAGCGGAGAACAAUUUGCUACUGGUCAUCAGAAUCGAGGUUCGGGAAAUCAGAAUCGGGGUGCGGGAAGUGACCAAUUCGGAGCUGGUAGUGCUGGGAACCAAAACCAGAAUCGAGGAGUAGGCAACAUGUUCGGUGGUAAUAACCAAAGUAAUCAGGCAGAAAAUCAAGGCCAAGGUAGAAGACCGAGAGGGAAUAGAGGUGGUAAAAACAGAAAUAAAAACAGAGACAGUGGUGGUGGUGGAAUCGGAGGUGGGGGAGGUGGCCUCGGAGUUGGUGUUACAACCAGUGGUGGUGGAGGUGUGAAUUUCAGAGAUCGGAGUCCAUUAAGUAGAGGAAGCCAUAAUGAAGACAAAACAGGGCGUGAUUGGGAUCGAGGCAAACAGGGAGACAGGUCACUGUCUGGCUCAAUUGAUUACCAAUCCUCAGUGGCAGCCGAAAAGAACGAUUGUGAGAUCAUCGUGGUGAGCAAGGUUUUGACUGAGUAUGCGGAGGCGAUAGAAAUGAGGUUGAAGAAUCUUGGCCUUACAGUGGAUUUAUUAUUUCCUAACGAAGAUGUCCCAUUGAGUCGUGUUCUUGGAAAUAUUGCUAGUCGUGGAUGUUUGUAUGCUGUUGUCGUCACACAUAUAAAUCAAGAACACAGAUCUCUCACUCUCAAUAUCUUACACGGGCUACCUCAAGAACAUAGAAAUAUGCCCGUCGAAGAUGCGAUUGCUUUGAUAAAUCAUGAUUUCACGAACUACAGAGCAGGCAGUUCACGCUCUGUACCAAUAAACGUGCCGCGUGCAACAGAUCGUCAUCCUGAUGCUGUACAAGUUUUACUGAACAUGUUAGCAGAUAACCGGCAGUUAACUGUUCUACAGUAUGAUAGAGUUUUAAAGUACUUGGAAAUGAAACGUGAAGAGCAGGUCCAAAUUGAACUUGGAGAUGCAAAAGAUCUUACGUCUGCCUCACCUGUUGCAAGCGACCCAAAGCAGGCCGAACUUCAAUCUAGAAUUCUGAACAUCUUGAACAGUAACAAACCGAAUCUAAUUCCGGGAGCCGUUCCCAGCCCUGUUCCAGCUCCAGCACCAGUCACACCAGCAAACUGGGCAGCUCCAACACCCGCACCAACUACGGCAGCCCCAAAUUCUGGAGUAACUCCGUCGCCGCUGCUUAAUGAUCCAACUGUACAAAAAGCACUGGACAGUCUACUACAAGGAAACUUACUCAAAAGUAUUGGAGAUCAUCAACCAGCCGCCACGACACCACUGUUCGCAGCAUUUCCCAACAUCGGCCGUUUUUGAAAAAAAUUCCAUAAUACAUACUAGUGAGAGCAAAGGAAGGCACAUUUGAAAAAGUAAAGGGAAAUAUGACUUGGUGCUGUUAUUGAACCAGUCAGUUUGAAGUUUUCACAUUUCCCCCACAAUUUUCCUUCAUUUCCCUCUAACCUACAAAAAUCAUUGCAUUUCUAACCAGAAGACUUGAGCUUAGCUAAUAGUUAUGUUCAUACUUGGAUAUUAAUACUAAUAAUAUUAUAAUACAAUAUUACUUGGAUUCGUGAUGAAUUGUUAACCAAGCUUAUGAAUGUUAGAAUACACGAUUCUGUGUAACCUAUGAUAUGCUUCUUCUCUUCUCAUUGUUAAAUUAAGUUCUUUGCAAAAAGCAUAUAAUAAACUAUGAAUGUGCUGACCAAUAAAUCGGAGAGUAUUCAAAAAUAUCAAAUUUGAAGUCAAAAUUUUCUUAAAGUACUACCAUAAAAAGUAUUUGUCAUAGGCAUGACAGUUUUUCACAUAAUAAAAUCUUUUGGCGCUGCUGACGAGAUAAGUUAUGCAUCAUAGUGAAAGGUCAAACAUAUCAGACACAAUAACUUCGACGAUGCUACAUGGAACCUGAUGCUAUAUAGUUUACCAAUUGCUUGGAUAAGUUGAUGUACGGUUUACUGCUUAUCUCAGUCGUGUGUUCUCAACAUUCGUAGAUAGGUUCCAUUCCGUACUCUACAUGGCGAUGUGUCAUCAUACAUAGUAUGUGUGUGCUCCAGUUUUCAAUUAAUACAUUCCCAACAUCUUAAAAAUAAUUCACUCAAAAGUUUAGUAUUGUGUAAUGAAUAACGAACAGAUAAUCAAUUGGACUAAUAAUUAAAAUAGCCACACCAAAUGUUCCUUCACGUUCAAUUAUAUAUAGUUGUGUCACCGAUACACCACAAUUUUAAUUUUGAAUACGAAUUCAAACGCUUGCGGAAAGUACAAUUAUUUUAAUAAACUUAGGUUUGUUGUGACUUAAGUUUCUCAGGACGCUGAUUAUCUCAACCCUUAUAUGAUAUUCAAUUUAUAAAUAAUAAAUCUACAUCAUUUACAUGAAAACGUACAAAUAAAAACUUUUAUUUGAACCAUA